GUAGGCACGAAGCCCGAUCACCCAACGCACAACCUCACCGUCCAACCGCCAAAAUGAGGACCUACGACGAUACCUUCUCCGGUCAGAAGAUCUACCCUGGAAAGGGCAAGCUCUUCGUCCGCUCGGACAGCAAGAUCUUCCGUUUCCAGAACGGCAAGAGUGAGUCGCUGUUCCUGCAGCGCAAGAACCCACGUCGCAUUGCGUGGACCGUUCUCUGCCGUCGCGCCCGCCGCAAGGGUAUCUCUGAGGAGCAAGCCAAGACCCGCCGUCGCAAGCAGGUCAAGGCCCAGCGUGCUGUUGUUGGUGCGUCUCUUGACGUGAUCAAGGAGCGCCGCUCCCAGCGCCCAGAGGCCCGCUCUGCUGCUCGCAAGCAGGCUAUUGAGGAGGGUAAGAAGAAGCGUGCUGCCACCGAGAGCGCAAAGAAGGCCGAGAAGGCGAAGAGCGCUGCCAAGUCCGCUGCCGGGCAAACCACUGGCCGCGUCGUCGGCAAGCAGGCCGCUAAGGGCUCUGCACCAAAGGUCAAGGCCACCACCCGCUAAACAAAAGCAUUAAAGAUGACGGGAUUGCAAUCAUGAAGGGCGUUUACGGGUCACGAGUCUCCUUUAGCUAGAGCAGCAACGAGGCACAUAGGUCCUGGCAUGACAGUCACCGAAAGAUGCAUUUCUGAGAUACCCGAAGGUUACUACUGUUCUACUGAAUUUUCGCAGCGUGCAGUGUGCUUCUGUUUUAAGUUUCUUCUGCCAUGACUGGCGAUGUCCAAUUUCCC